AUAACAACGCAAUUUUUCAUUGAAGAAAGCAAAGAAUACAAGUCAAUUACAUUGACUCCUGAGAUGACUGCUCUUGAGGUUAUGAAUAUAUUUAGAAGCAACAAUACUAUUUCUGAUGCUGGUGCUUGGACAAUAUUUGAAGUGGUAGAAGAAUAUAAUUUGGAACGGCCAUUAAGAGAUUGGGAAUCUGUGGCAUGGGUUAUUGGAACGUGGGAAUUGGGUAAAAAGAAUUCUCUUGUUUUGAGAAAAUAUGCACAUAGAAAUGCUUUAACACUUGCGGUAAAUAUUAAAAAAAACAAGUGGCAAAAGCGAUUUGUCCAAAUAAAGGACGGAUCUCUAUAUCAUAGCAAAGAUUAUAAGGUAUUUUGUUUUUAUAUAUACAAUUUUGAUGUGUAUGUAUGCAUGAAAACUUUUAAAACAUUUCCGACAAACUUUGUUUUUGCAAUAAAAUCGCAAGAUAAAAUUACAAUGUUUGAAAAUCCUGAGAAUGAUUAUAUGCACUAUCUAUGUGCGGAUCAUCUAGAAAAAAUGAAUGAAUGGAUCAUUGCUGUCAGAAUGGCUAAAGUAAGUUAUAAUUUCUUUGAAAAAUUUAUUAAUUAUUUAAUAAUGACGUAA